UAGGCCUUUUUCAACAACAACAACAGCAGCAGCAGCAAAAAUUGCAAAACCUUUUCUCUCUUUCUUUGUGUUUUUCUCUGUCUCUAAACAGAUGACAACAGAGAAAUUAUCAAAAAUUCUUAAAUGACGACGCCCUCCACCACCGUCGUCAUCAUCGUCGUCACCCUAAUAAACAUCUUCACUGUUGCCGUCGCCCUCGGUGGGUCCGCCACAACUCUUGCCGUCGUGUACGGCGGAGCCACCACUAUCUGCGGCAUAGUUGCUAACCAACCAAUCCAACGAAUCCAAUGUUGGACUGACGGUCAAUCAACAGCCACACCUAUUUCACCUCACGUCUCCUUUGACGUCAUCGCCGGCGGCCUUGACGGCUUCACCGCCAUCCGUUCUGGUGGAUUUUCACUCCUUUAUUGGAACACAAGUUUCAUCCCCAAACGGAUUUAUUUCAGUUACUCAAACUUGUUAACAACCGUUACAAUGGGUGAUAACCAAAUUUGCGCCAUAAUAAAUAGUACCCAAAAUGCUACCUGUUGGAGAGGAAAUUCUUAUACGAGUCAACAGCCAAAUGGGUCAUCACGAUUUAGUUCAAUCUCAUCUGGGUCUGGAUUUUCUUGUGGAAUCUUGGAAAGUUCAAACAGGGUUGUGUGUUGGGGAAACAGUGAUAUUGCUUCAAGAAUCCAAUCUGGGUUCGUUAAUGAAACGAUGGUGAAUAUAUAUGCUGGUGGAAGGCACGCUUGUGGGGUGAACACUGCUGGAUUUUUAAUUUGUAAAGGUGAUAACAAUAAUGGUCAAUUGGAUGUUCCUUCUAAUUUGUCUUACCAGUAUUUUGGAUUAGCUUUGGGAAUGAAUCAUACUUGUGGAAUUAGGACUGUGAAUCAUACAGUGGUUUGUUGGGGUGGAAAUGGUUCAUUUUCAAGUAAUAUUACAGAAAGUGUUUCUUUUGAAUCUGUUGUAGCUGGGUUAGAUUUUACGUGCGGAUUGACAACAAGCAAUUUUUCAGUGAUCUGUUGGGGACCAAAUUGGACUAGUAAUCUGUAUCCUCAAGGGGCUGCCCUUCCUUUACCAAUGAUUCUUCCAGGUCCAUGUGUACAAAUUAAUUGUACUUGUGGUAUAUAUACUCAGUCCCAAAGUCUCUGUUUUGGAAAUGGUAAUAUUUGUAGGCCUUGUGAUUUCUCAAUGUUAGCACCACCGUCCUUAUCACCACAAACGCCGCCGCCACCACCUCCACCGGUGGCACCUUCGUCGCCUUCUAGAAGGCUAAGAAGGGGUUUAUUAGCUUUUGCCAUUGUUGGAUCGGUGGGUACUUUUGCAGGGAUUUGCAGUAUAAUUUAUUUUCUGUGGGUUGGUGGUUGUUUUGGAAAGAAGAAAGUUCAUAAUUCAGUUCAACCUACUAUUACUACUACUAAUGGAGGGCAAUUAUCGAGUAGUAGUCCUGUUUCAAGAUCAUCAACUCUUAGGCGUCAAGGCUCGCGGUUGAUGAGGCGUCAAAGGAGUGGAACUUCUUCUAAACACGCAGACAGGGCAGAGGAAUUCCUGUUUACAGACCUUGCUGCAGCUACUAACAAUUUUUCUCUAGAGAACAAGAUUGGUGCUGGUAGUUUUGGGGUUGUUUACAAGGGCAAACUACCGGAUGGUCGUGAGGUCGCAAUCAAACGUGGAGAAACGGGUCCAAGAACAAAGAAAUUUCAGGAGAAAGAAAGUGCAUUUGACUCAGAAUUGGCUUUCUUGUCUCGACUACACCACAAACAUUUAGUUAGACUUGUUGGUUAUUGUGAAGAAAGGGAUGAAAGGCUUUUGGUUUACGAGUACAUGAAGAAUGGAGCGCUUUUUGAUCAUUUACACGAUAAGAACAAUGUGGAGAAGAGCAGUAGUAUAGUGAAUUCUUGGAAAAUGAGGAUCAAGAUUGCAUUAGAUGCUGCACGAGGCAUCGAAUACCUUCACAAUUAUGCAGUCCCGCCUAUAAUUCACAGGGACAUUAAGUCAUCCAAUAUCUUGAUUGAUGCAAAUUGGAUUGCAAGAGUGUCUGAUUUUGGAUUAUCUUUAAUGGGGCCAGAGUCUAAUCGCGAUUACAGCAGUAGGCCAAUGAAGGCUGCUGGUACAGUUGGGUACAUUGAUCCAGAGUACUAUGGUCUAAAUGUGUUGACAGCAAAGAGUGAUGUGUAUGGACUUGGCGUGGUGUUGUUAGAACUUUUGACAGGAAAGAGAGCCAUAUUCAAGAGUGAAGAGAAUGGAGGUGCGCCAAUGAGUGUGGUGGACUAUGCAAUACCGGCAAUUAUGGCUGGAGAAUUGACAAAGAUUUUGGAUAAGAGAGUAGGGCCACCAGAGGCAAAUGAAGUAGAAGCAGUGGAAUUGGUGGCCUAUACUGCAAUGCAUUCUGUGCAUUUGGAAGGGAGAGAUAGACCUACCAUAUCUGACAUUGUUUCUAACUUAGAGAGAGCUUUGGCUGCAUUUGAUGAUAGCCAUGGCAGCAUCUCUAGUGGUCCUAUUUCCUUUGUAUCAGAUUGAUUGAUAAUUCCACUUACCACACACCCUGAUUCUUUUUUAUUUUCCUUUAUUAGCUUCUUUUCAUUGGCUAAUUUCUGUGAUUAUUUUGUUACUAGUGUAAAGAAUAGAUGGUUCAUUCUAACAUGAUAUCUUGUGAUUUUGUAAACUGCUAACGGCCGAACAAGUUCUACAUGAAAUUCUUUUCCUCCAGAA